AAAUGGAGAGUUCAACAAAUGUUUCUUCCUCUGUCCCUUCUCUUUAACGUGACGCUGAUGUCUAGUUCCCGACGUGUCCAGAGGCCAAGCCCCCCUUACUGCGCACACUCGCCUCUCACCAAGGAUGUAGCCGCCUCCCAGCGACCCCUUCGGCCCGCCGGAAACAGCAGCGAGCCUCUUCAGGGCCAGACCCCGGGGGACGCGCCCACUGACACCGCGGGCCACGCCACCACGGACACGCGUGACAGCGCCCACGCAGCCCUCCGGCACGCCAUUUCCACUCGGCCUCGGGUCAUCCUCUGGUCUCGGGACCGCACCCACCAGACCCAGCCAGGGCAGCCCGGCCCGGCCCGCUAGGCCCGGCCCCAGACCGGAAGCCUCCGCCGCCCCUCUCCUCACCGUGUCGACCCCUGAGCCGUCUUCCCGGGUGCCCUCGUUCUCCUCACCGACCACGGCCUCCAGCACAGCGCCAGGGCCACCCAGCGGCUCCAGGG